CAUGGCUUCCAUAGCUCCAUAUCCAGCUGAGUGCUUAGUGAAGAAAGGGAAUGAGUCUGUUACAGCUAUGGCAAAUUCCUUCAUCCUCGUUCCCAAAACUAGGUCUGCGUACAGUUCCUGGGAGAGUUAUGCAUCCAAUGACAUGCUUGUGUAAGCAAGUGCAAACUACUGCUUAUGAAAUUGUGAAUGGCAGCUAUAUUCCUAGUCAUGAUUCCAAACUGGAUAGCGACAAAGUACAAUCAAAAGCUACAGUAGAAAACACUGGUGCCUUUAGAAAGCUACCCAUGGUAAUGCCAUCAAUAGAUAUACUAUAUUCAGCACUGAGGAAAGCAAAGAGGGUUUCACCUACAAAGGGCAUUGCAAAUAUUGCCAAGCGAGAGAGAAAUCGGGGGGCAAAACAGCUUGAUGCGUUACUGAAGGAGCUUGCUCUUCCAUUGAGGACGUAUAAGGAGACUUUCCCAAGAAAAGAAUAUUUGCACCCUUAUGAAAGAUCUUUGAUUGAGUUGACACUUGGAGAUGGAAACUAUGAAGCGGCAUUGGGAAAGAUUGAAGCAUUAAGGAAGAAGGUGGUAUCAGUUGGAAAAGAACAUGCCUCUCUCUGUGCCAAGUCAAUGUCAAAGCGUGAGGCAGAGGAGCGAUUGAGUGAGGGAAUGAAAAAACUUGAAGAAAUUUUUCAAAGUGAAGGAAAGGCUGUCGACAAACUGUUGGACAUUGCCAAGACAUUGCGAGCAAUGCCAGUUAUUGAUUUGGAAACACCAACUCUUUGUCUUGUUGGGGCUCCGAAUGUAGGAAAAUCAUCUUUGGUUCGUAUACUUUCAACAGGGAAACCUGAGAUCUGCAAUUAUCCAUUUACAACUCGAGGAAUUUUAAUGGGCCAUAUUACAUUGAGCUACCAGAAUUUUCAGGUCACUGAUACCCCUGGUAUCUUGAGGAGGCAUGAUGAGGACAGGAACAAUUUGGAAAAGUUGACGCUUGCUGUUCUCACUCACUUGCCAACUGCUGUACUCUACGUCCAUGAUUUAUCUGGGGAAUGCGGGACAUCACCUUCUGAUCAGUUUGCGAUUUACAAGGAAAUAAGAGCCCGGUUUAGUGAUCAUAUUUGGCUCGACGUUGUCUCUAAAUGUGACUUGCUGCGAGAAUCUCCUGUCAUCUUUGUAACAGAAGAUGGUAAAGCCGAUGACUCUGAGCUGGCGAGGUAUCGGAAAAUGGGACCUGAUGGAGCGUUACACGUGUCAGUAAAGAACGAAGUCGGGCUUGAUGAUUUAAAGAGCAGAGUCCAUCAUCUCCUUAUCUCUCAAUCAGCAAGGAUUAAAACCCACAACAGCAAUCAAGAAGACCUCGGGAGUCCCCAGAUAGUCGGUUUGUGAACUCCCGAGAAACACAUCCUUGUAUAUUCCAGCAGAGCCUCCGGCUCCAAGGCCGACAACUAACAUCCUCAACAGAUUAUGCAACCAUGAAGCCCUCGGUCCUCCCGAUCCAUACCUGUUGCCAAGAACGCAGUUUUGACAAGAUUGUGAGCAGUGUUGGUGCCAGAUUCUUGCCGGGCAUAAAUCUAACAUUUUUUUAACCAAAAGAGGAAGAUAAGAUAUGCUGCAUUGUGAUCUCUUUUGACACUGGAUUUGAUACUGCACUCGAUUGGUAAACAUUCAACUAGUUCUCCACCGUCCAAGCCCACCCACGACAGCUGUAUGUGGAAUCGGAUUCUAUUCUUCCAUGUUUGUUCCCACCAUUUCUAUAUAGUUAAAUCUUUCUUUCUUUCUGCAUAGCUUCAAUUCCAUAGGUUUAGAUUCGUGACGUUUUUCAGUAUCGAUUCCUAUAGCAGGUGACAAUGAGAGCAACACACCACUUGAAUGGUGCUUCAAAUCUCUGAACUUGCAGUUUACCGCUAUUCACUCAAGAAGUUGCAUUCAUAUUCA